AUGCACGAGGUGAAAGGGCGCCUGGCGGACUCUACGAUAUACGGGCUUGGAAAUCUUGUGGGGCCUGAGGCAAGGGCGGCUCAAGUCGAAUACCUUUUGAAGAAUGAUCGUUUCUUGAGCCCCCAAGAACAUUACGAGACCUACCGACUGCAUUUCCUGGUUCCGGAAAUUAUCGAUAUAUUGUAUUUUAAAUACUUCGAUGGGGUAAGAAUGCGAGGGGUUAGGGAUCCCGAAUUUCUAGAGCGGAUAACCCCUACCCUUAUUUGCCUGCUAUCGACGGCAAUCUGGCACGGCGUUCGGGCGUGGUCAACAGGGAGUUACUUGAAGCCUGAUAAUUUUCAGUCGCAGAAUGAGAGUGUUGUGAAAAUGUUCAACAGGAUGAGCAACACUUGGAAGGGGAGAAGUAAACAGAACCAGGAGGCCACCUUGGAGGUAAUCAAAGAUAACCUUCGAGAAAAGAUACGAGAUAAAAAGGGGGUAACUAUUGAGGUGAUACCGGAGGAGGGUUUUAGCGAGGACGAUGAAGCGCUGGCUGCAGAUCUUGCCGCAUUCCGAGAUGCUCAGAGAACACCCACGAGUGCUCCAGCAGGUCGGGUUGGUUCCAACAGCACCUAG